AGAAGAAGAAAAACAAAACACCCCAGAAAACUCUUGAAAGAAUGAUGACAUUAAAUGAUACUGAACAACUGAAUAGUUUAGAUUGUCAGGAUAUAUUGUCUAUCAAUAAAUUACCACUUCAUGAUCGAUUUGAACAUAAGGAGAAUUCAUGUAAUUUAUCUGUAAAAUCAAAGAAAAACAAUUUUAAUAGAGAAAUCCAAAGUAUAUCUUCAGAUGCUUGUACAUUAGCAAGUAGUAAUAAAGAAAAAUUAGAUAGAAAUUCGACUAGCAACAUUGAUUCUGAAGAGAAUAUCAAUAUCAGUGAAAGAAUUCUACCUGAUGAAACAGAUAUUAUACAGACAACAUAUUCAAGAGAUUUUCCAAAUAAACGAUCGUCGACUUUGAUAGCAUUACGACCACGAUCAACUAGACACGCUUUUAGAGCUCCAACAUGUAAAUCUAUCUCUACACCAAAUACUUGUCGAAAUUUGAAUAAUUUAGAAGUACUGAAUUCAGUUGAUGGUCCAUAUCAGAGUACUUAUUCAAGAGAUUAUGUUGGAUGCUGGACUCCUCAACCAGAUUCUCCGAUUAGAACAGCUACUUCAAGUGGGACAAGAGCAAAUAGACCUCAUCCAAGAAAGGACUUUUUAACUUAUCGAAAUGAAAUGAAUCAAAUGUUAUAUUUCGAUAAACCAAGCUCUCCUGUAUCGACAGUUUCUGAGUCGCUGAUACAAAGAGACAAAACGUUUUGUCCUCAUCGUCAUUCAGAGGCAGAUUUAAUUCAGUCAUUAGUAUAUAAUCGACCAAAAGUCUUUCAAAGACUUACCAAAGAGCAAUAUAAUUUUUUGAAUCAAAUGCGCUUUAAAAGUACAUAUCAAGACUCUUUCAGUGUAGUUAGUCAUUGUAACCAACCGAGAAAUAUAGUUCAAGACUCCAUAAAAUCAGUACAUGAAAUCUAUGAAGGUGUAACCGGUCAUCCAUUAUCUCUUAGUCAUUUGAAUUUCGCUAAACCAUCAUGGAAAUAUCAAAACAAUACAACUUGUAAGGAUGGUGAUGAAGAGUUUAUAAAUGGCAGCUUAAAAUUAACAGUUCCCUGUACACGUUAUGGUUCUAACAAAAAUCAUCAUAAAAUCACUAGAGGAAUAAUACCUACUGUUAUCACGACAGCCUAGAUUUGUGUAGAUCAUCAUAUGUCCAAAAUUGUCUUUCAUGAACAAAUGUACAGAUUGUAAGAAUCUCCCGUAACUUCUUAUAUAAAUAUAUA